CAUCUUCCCGACAUUAUAUUGAUCGAUAUCCUGAAGCAAACAGAGAAAACAAAGCUGAGAAACGUACCGCGCGACAUUGAACUUGCUUGGUUUCUACGCAAUCGCACAGUUAUAGACACGCACAAUGGUAAAGCGAAGAAAGGCGACUCGGUACAAAGUGAACAUGCUGCAAGGGCAGUCUGGUGUUACCGCCUCGAUCCCGUGCGGCAGUUCCAGUGCUACCACGAUACUGUACGCUGGAAUCUCGCAAUCCUCAUCGCGCUCUUGAAGUCACACACCCUCAACAAGCACGCAGGAUCUGAGUACAAUACUAGAGAAGACGGAGCGCAGCGCAACUGCGGGAAGGAUAGAAGGCACGCGAACGAGCCGAGCCUCUUGCCUGCGACGGUGCGGUUCAUGACGGCGUAUCUAGCGGCGGUACUGGAGCACUACUUGUCGCCCACGGCGUUUGACAGACGCAAGGAGUUCAUCCGGCUCUGGAGAAAUGGGAGGAUGGAUCUGUUCACGAUCCACAAGUCGUGGGCGAAGAAAGCACUGCAGAAAGGAACGAAGCGCCUGGGCAAAGACUGGGAACGCGAGUUGAGCUUCGUUCGUCGCCAUCUCGGCUCCUCCAUCUACUCCGCCAGCGUGGAGAAAUUCAGCGGCACCAUUAUCCCCGGGCGCGGCUCAUCCCUGUCCCUCAUCGCCAAAGGUUUCAUCGCCAAAGGUGGAGGACAAGGCAGUGUGAACCACAGCAAAGUGGAGGGCCUGAGCACGGGGCUCGCAGGGAACGAGCUGCUAGAUGCAUUAAGGGCAUCUUGUCCGGUGCCUGCAGGGCAAGACUAA